CGCAGAUUGUUGGUGUCAACAACACGGAUCGAGUCAACGACGGCCACAGCCACCCUAAACAUCCUCGGCUGGUUUCAAAGCUCUAUCACUACGGACUCUGGCUGCUACUCUGCGGAGACCUUUGUGUGUGCUGGUGUGUGUGCGUGUGAGCCUCUGUAGCGUCACUGUGCAGCGUGCGUGAUGUCGUCAUCAGAACUGUUAGUCGAUUUGGGCGAAGACCCAACCCCCCAGUUAGAUCACCUCAAACUGUCACCAAUAGACGACCAGCAAUGGCCUCCUGAUGUGUCUACCAUCAGCAAGUCAGAGACGGACAUCUCACAGCGUUUAGGUGCCGGCUCUCCCCAUCUGUCCUGGGACCAUCCCUUCUAUGACAUUGCCAGGCACCAGAUCAUCGAAGUGGCAGGUGAUGAUAACUUUGGCAGAAAGGUGAUAGUGUUCAAUGCCUGCAGGAUGCCCCCACACCAUGAGCUGGACCACCACAAGCUGCUGAUGUAUCUUAAAGGAACUCUGGAUCAGUAUGUUGAAAGUGACUACACUCUCAUCUAUUUCCAUCACGGGCUGACCAGUGACAACAAACCAUCUCUCAGCUGGCUACGAGAUGCAUACAGGGAGUUUGACAGAAAGUACAAGAAGAAUAUCAAGGCUCUGUACAUUGUCCAUCCUACCAUGUUCAUCAAGACUCUGCUGAUCCUCUUCAAACCACUCAUCAGUUUUAAAUUUGGCAGGAAGAUCAACUACGUGAGUUAUCUCAGCGAGCUGGAAGACGUUGUCAAGUGUGAGCAGCUUGUCAUUCCUGCCCGCGUCAGAGAGUAUGACAAUAAGUUGAGAGCCUCUCUGAAACCAUCAGCCCAGCCCCCCAUGUCUCCUCCUCGUAGCCCCCCUCUCCCCAACCAGGUCUUCGGUGUUCCACUCACGGUGCUGAGACAGAAGAGUCCAGAUGGUGAUCCAGUUCCUGUGGUGAUGAGAGACACCAUUAGCUUCCUCUCAGAGCGAGGUUUGGAUAUAGAAGGGAUCUUCAGACGUUCUGCUAAUGUCACUCUGGUGAAAGAAGUCCAGCUCAGAUACAACUCUGGUGAGACAGUAAACUUCACUGAGAUGGAAGACGUCCACUUGGCUGCUGUGAUUCUGAAGACAUUCUUGAGGGAACUACCCGAGCCUCUGCUCACCUUCCAGCUCUACAACGACAUAGUCAACUUCAGCUCUGUGUCCAGUGACAGCCAGGUGACUGCUAUGAAGACACUGUUGGAGUCACUGCCAGAGGAAAACUACACCUCACUACGAUACCUCAUAACCUUCCUGGCACAGGUGUCCUCAAACAGUGAAGUGAACAAGAUGACCAACAGCAAUCUGGCUGUGGUGUUUGGCCCGAAUCUGCUGUGGGGGCGGGACAACGCCAUGUCACUCAGCGCCAUUGGCCCAAUCAACAACUUCACCAGAAGCUUGCUGGACCAGCAGCAUCUGGUCUUCACUUAAGCCCCGCCUCUUCGCCCUUCAUUUCCUAUUCCAGUCAGCACCUACCAUGGAGAACCUCCCCUCCGAUAGCAUUUAGUCUCGACCUAACCCGGCUCUUAACCAAUCAGGAGCCUCAUCAGGGUACUUCUUGAGCAGCAGCACUUAGACCCGUCCCCUCUCCUUGUCCAUAGUACCAUAUUUGACCAAGCAAGCACUGCAAAAGACUAAUAUUAUUCCAUUUUUUUCCCCUAGUCUUGUGUUCUUAUCGACUUUUGUUUUGUGUUUUCAUUCCAAGUGGUCUUGACUGCAGCCAGCAUCCAGACCUCACUUCCCUGUGUCAGGGCUAGUGCCAAAUAACCCUAUCCUACUGGCCUCCAUCCUAAAAUCCAAAAGUUACUCAGUUGCUAACUUACUGUGUGUUCACACUGUGAGCUUGGUUGAUGGGUUGCUGUGGGGUGGUGAGUGGUGCUGCGGCUCAGACUUCUUGAACAAGCAAAAACAGCCAGUGAGCAAGCGCUAAUCAUGUAGUGUCAAUUGAAAUCUGUGGUUUUUGGUUUUGGUUGUCGCAAAAACUUGGUACCGCUCAUCAUCUGGUGAUUUGUUGGUGGUGCUGCCUGCAGUGUGAACCCACGGUGAGUUUGACUUGAACAGUGGCUGCCUGGCUGCAGCGUAGUCAACCUGGAGCCCUGGCUUAGCAUCUAAGACCCAUAAUAUUUAAACCCCAUGACCCUCCACCUCCAUCCAGAUCCACACCCCUUGCACCCCGACCCCUCAUUUUGCCUCUGUUCCCCGUGCUAAACUCAUUUGAACUGCACAAACUCCCAAGAGGGAUUGGAAUUGGAAAUCUUAAGAAAAUCCAAUACAAAUUCCCAGCUCUUAUUGCAUGUGUUUAUACCUGUAUUCAAUGUGUCUCGGGUCCCCGUCUGCACACAGUCCGGCUUACAUCUUGUGUCUGUAUUGGGAAUUUAGCACCAGUUGGAUUUGUGGACUAGACCCCCCCCCAACCCCCUCAGUCUUUCUCUGUAUAUGUGUGGUGUGCUGUUGUCAAUUUGUCCCUCUGGUGUUUGUCCAUGUAGUGCCAAAAACUGGCCUCCAGCUUUCACAGAAAAACAGGGAGGGAAAUGGACAGCAAUGGGUAAAAGCGACAAAUACUGAUAAAUAGAUAUAGGCAAAGGAGGGAAAAUGAUUGACACUGAUAGCAACAGCAAGAAAAAGCAAGGUAGCUACUCUAUUUCUCUUUAAGCACUAUUGAAGCUUCCUAAUGCAAAGGAAGCAGAGGACAGAUGGAGAGAGAGGAGUACAGUUCUGCUGGUGUCUCCAUGAAAGACUCAGGUUAACUUUAAGAGGCAAAACUCGGUACCAAACGUCCAGGACAAUCUAUGAAAUGCUGUAAAUAAACCAGCGAAUAGAUCACUAGAUGUAUGAUCACUGGUUAUGGUUUGUGGUGAAAUUGGUAGUGCCGUGUGUUUAAUGAGCCUGGAUUCAGUUUAGGUCGCAGGCUGAGGAGGUUUAAACUUACCGCUGGUCUUGAUGGCAUCAGCUCUGUAAUAUACUGUACUACAUUACAAUAGUCUAACUAAAUUUCUAUAUGGCUCCUUCCCUUCCUCUGUCUGACUUCAUCAUUUAUUUAAUUUAUACUCUUAUCUUGGGAUUCUCUGGUCAAUAUAACUUAUGUCUCUGGCCCUAUUUGAACAUGAUAUUGACUAAGCUCCAUUGUUGUUAGAAUAGAAUUGUAAUUUUUGGAAUGUCAGUCCGUUUUCAUCAAAGUUGCUGGUUAAUUGUUUUCGUUUUUCUUCUUCUUUUUUUUUUUUUUUUCAAAGGUACGGGAAGAACAGCUGACAUACCAUUUAGUUCCAUACAGUGAAGUGUGAUACUCAGCAGGGGAAAGCAAAAGUCAGGCUCGAGGGUCAGCAACAAUAGAUAAAGGGCAACCACAGCCACUGACUGCUGUGAGGCAGAAAAACAGAGUACAGUACAGACUUUUGGCCAUCAGGGGCAGUGCUGAGCAUUUGUUUAACAGUAGAAUAUAUGGCAGUCAAUGAGACUAAGUGCUGCAAAAUGAUCACUACAUUUUAUUCCAAAUAUUUAGAAGUAACUACUACAUACCAUUAGUGUGAUUUUUUUUUUUUUUUUUUUUACAUGGCCCAGUAUUUAAAAUCAGAAGAUUUCCACUAGCAUUGACACUAUGUGAAUAUUCACUUUCAUAGGCAGGGGGAAAACCCUUUUUUUUUUUCAUUUCUUUCAUUCCUCUAAGCACACAGAAAUGUGUAUCUUCUUAACCACCACUCACAUUAAAAAAAAAAAAAAGAGAGAGAGAAAGAGACAGCUGAUUGUCUGGAGAAGUCCCAUUGACUGCUGUUCAUUUGACUCUGUUUUUGCCCGGUUUUGCAACUCUACAUCGCCCCCUGGAGGUGGUCUCACAUAUUCUUGUAGGAACAUCUCCCUGUAUAGAGUCUAUACAUGAACAUGCUGGCCAGAGAUAGUCUUUGACUCCUGUGAAGAUUAUGGGUAUGUUGCGCCCCAUAUGCCAGUUUAGUGUUUCUGUUCACACAUGGUAUAACAGGUGUCUAGUCAAAUGCGGUGUGCUGUCCAUGAACACACAGCAAAAAAAAUUUUGCAUUGCUAACAGCUAGAAAAUGUAGCCUUUGUUUUGUGCUGAAUGACUCAAUUUGUUGCAGCAGAGAUACAGUGCUGUAAGAAGGUUUGCCCAGUGAUUCAUUUUCUGCCUUUUUGCAGAAAGCUUGACUUUGGUCUGAGGGUUGGUUGGUCAUAGACGCAGUUGAUUCCAGGUGAUUCCAUAUACAAGCAUUAGGGCCACACCGAAAUUAGAAAAAAAAAAAAGAUUAAGUUUAUAAUUUUGAAGGAAAAUGUAAGUAUUGUGAGAUGAAAGACAUAUUUGAGGGGAAAAACUGAAAAUCUCAAAAGUCCAAGAAUAAAAACAACUGAUUUUUUUUUUUUUUUUUUUUCAAUUUCAGAAUGCUGACAAAGUCAUAACUUUGCAUUUGUUCACAGAAUUCAGACUUUAAUGUUUGAAUUUUUCCUUUUUUUCCUCAGAAUUCGGAAAUUAAUCUCAGAACAUGAUUUUUUUUUUUUUUUUUUUUUUUGUAUGGUCCUAAUCCUCUUCCCUAUGAUUCAACAUGAAUAUUACCCCUCCACUAUGUGAAAUAAGAUUUCGCACAUGUUGUGAACAAUUUGUGAUUGGAACCACAGGAGCUGGAAGUCGCCCCCUUCCAGCAAAUACCAUGGUUGGAUAAGGUUUAUUAUACCUCCCAGUCAAUAUGGUGUUGAUGUUGAAAUGCUAACACAUAGCACUUUAUAUAUGGGGGAAAAUAAGCAAAGCAAAGACAGUAGUGGUGGUAGCAGCCUGAAAGAAUACCUGACAUUUGUCCGGCUCGCUGUAUGUGUCCGCUGGUCAUUUUAGUUCCUAUGUAGCUGGAAAUCCAGGAGACCUCAUAUCAGUCCAACGCAUGCUGAAUACAGUACCAGUCAUGUUACUCAUUAUCAGCUGUUUGCACUGCAUCCUGGGACGAACUGUUUUCUCCCUGUACCUUUUUUGGUAGCAGCUAUUGUUGGGGCUGAUUUUGUUCGGUUCCACAUUCACCCCUGUUUGGUUUUAAUGCAGGUGAGAGACAUGAUAAAAGCACUAGUCCUCCAGUGAUAGAUAUUAACGAGUGCAUUAACAAGAAUAAUAAUUCACUACAGAAUGAAUUUAAUUUUCACGUUGGAUUAGUAGCAUGCACCUUACUAUAAAGCUGCGCUAGGCCAGAAUUUUAUGUCAAAAUCCAGCUAUAUCCCAAGCCUAAAUGACAAAAUGGGGCUGGAAGAGAGAGAGAGGAGCGGCUGACCUCCAUUAAUUGAGACACAGUAGAUUUAGCCGGUGUGUCCAAAUGAAAUCUUGGUGUCGCAAGUGGUCUCUUCUCUACACAGGAAGUCUCUAAGCAGCGCUCAACAUUAUAUCUUUCUCUCUCUCUCUCUCUCUCUCUCCCCUCUCCUCUCUUUCUGUCUCUGGUUCCUUUUGUUAUACAGCACAGUAGGCCCCAGAAGUCGUGCCGUUGCUUGUCUCUGAUUUCGGCAGCUUCUGGACCAGAACAUUAGUGGUCUGGGGGAGAAAUGAAUGCAAUUUUCCUAUGUUUUGUUAGCAAAAUAACAAUUUGGGUUGUAAAGCUUCAGCAGAAUUCAGUCAAUCCAGUCCUAUUUAAAAAUUUUUAAAUGCCGGCUCAAAUCUCAGACUGUGACAGUGAAAUUAUGUGAAAAUCUCAUGUCAUUUUCCCAUAGCGAAAAUGUGUUGAAUCCAGGAUUUCUUAUGUGUAGUCAACAUUACCGCCUGAUUUCUGGGGCCUGUAAAGCAUCACUGGCCAGCUGGGUCGGGACACAGGGGCGCUCUGCGUGCAGUUUACAGACAUUGCCUCACAGAAUUUCUGGGUAUUACAGUUCAGAUUUUUCAGUUACCUUGAUGCUAUUUGGAGCUGCCAGUGUACAGAGUCACCUAGUGCAGCUUUAACAGUUUGAGUGUGUGUGUGUGUGUGUGUGCGUGUGUGUGUGUGUGUUUGUUUAGAGACUUGAAAGAGGCUCAUGGGCCUGUUGAGCUGAAAGCACUACUAUAAUACAAAGAGCUAUUAUUUUGAUUUCUAGGAUAGAAAAUGGUUUAAAGGGAUAGUUCACCCAUUUUGAAAAAGUUCAUAUUAUUUCAACCAUUUCAAAAUGGGUGAAAUAUCCCUUUAAGUGAUAGUUCACCCAUUUUCACUGUGUCCUUUUUUUCAACCAGAAUAUCCCAGUCAGUAGUGAUGCUGUAGCGCUGUGAUUUCUUACUCCUUUGAAUUGAAACUUGCCUGAAGGAGCGUGUCCAAUUUGUAGAUGUUAGUCUUUAUGUCUUUGCCCUGGCAUUCCGAUCUUAGUUCAUAAUGCUAAAAAGGACAGCUGUGUAAGUGUGGUGAAUAUUUCCGCAAGUCCAACAACUAAAGAUACUGUAACUCAGAUGAAUGAUUUGCGUCCGAUUUUGCCGGAGAAUCGGUCUCUCACCUGAGCAUAUCCACUUGUGUUCAAAUGUUUUGAACUAUUGUUUAAAUUAAUUUUCAGUAGCUGUGUGAAUUGAACAAGCCUAAACUAGACGUUCUUUUCUUGUAAGUUGUAUAAAUAAGUAGUCAUGUAUUUUGUAAUGGCAGGACAGUGGAGUAAAUGAAAAGCAUUUAUCUGGGUGAAAAAUUCAGUGUCCAGUCUAAUUCGGGCCACUUUCAUUUGUCUUUUUAUGACAUCAGAGGAAAACUGUUGCUUCACCCUCCUUUUUUAAUUAAUCUGUUGUUAAAAAUGAUCAUUGUAUCUGCAAGAACAGUAUUACUGUUUGUCAAAUCAUUGCUAUUUUAAGCUUUACUUUUUGUUGUCAUUCAGCAUCCCAAGCCUUAAUUUGAUCAUGUUAGUUUCUUUGUUUUCUUCUAUCAAGUUCCAAAUUCAACCCAUCCAAAGAAUUAGUUGUAUUUUAAAGUGACAUAAUUCUUUCAGACAUCUCAGAUGUGUAUUUUUCAAUACAAAGUUAUCCAAAUCUGUCAGCAUGGCUUUGGCUGAAUCGUCACAUGACCAAAAGGAGCUGUUUAACCCUUCUGACCUGGCUCCGCUCUUCUCCCUGGAGAAGCCAUCCGUGUGGAUCAAAAGGGGCCUCAGCAUCCCAUUCUUGUGUCCCUGUGAUGAUGCAGCCUUUGGCAGCGGCUCCUGGCCAAAACCCUGCUGUAGAAUCAGCUGUGUAUUGUUGAUGGCCAAAAUACUAGGUGUAGUGAAUAUAAAUAUUGUAAUAUGGUUAUGAUUAUCAAUAUGAUCAAAAGAUCAGAGUGAAAAGUUUGACUGACGCUGAAAGCAACAAAAACAAAAACAAAAAAAAAUCAUCUUUUAAUGUUUACUGGUGUAACUCCCAGUCAUGUCAAUAUAAUUGAAUUGACAUGCCAUUGGUGUGUGCAAGUAUGUGUGUGUGUGUUUUAAAGCUUAACUCAGAUUUGUAUUGGACCAAAUUUGUGUAAAUGCUGGACUUUGAGUGCAUUGUUAAAAAAAAAUAAAAUAAUAAUGAUUUAGGUUCAUAAAAAGGGCUGGCAUUUGAACAGAAAAUCACUCAAGACAGUAGAAGUGAGUAUGAGAGUGAGUGUGUGUGUGGGUGUGGGUGUACGUGCCUUAAUGUUUUCCCCAAGUGAUCAUGUGAGUAGCUAACAAAGUGCCAGUGUGCCCAUUGUGCCAUAGAUUAAAACAAGCUGGGCUGCGUUCAACACUGCAGCUCUGUGAACACAAGCCAACGGGUUGAGAACACAGAUCCUCAUCAAGAGAGGAUGUCGUUCCCUGCCAAAAAAAAAAAAAAAAAAAAAAAAAAAGAAAGUCAUAUUUGCUU